CCUCAGACAGCGUUAACUCAGAACUGGACGUGUAGAUGAGUUCACAGGCAGAGAGACACAUGCAUCGACCACGGCCAAAAACGCGCACCAUGCGCCAUCUGCACGCUGCGGUCGCACUGACCGUCAUCCACCCACCCAAGCAGCCGCUCAGCUGAGCCCUCACGCCCGCCCGGGUCGUACACACGCCCGUUUAGCUGCGCAUGUGUGCCGAUUGGCAAAGGCAGGCAGGCAGGCUGGCAGGCAGGCAGCCAACCAAAAAAAAGGAAAGAUAUCACUUCUUUCUCGUCGUCUGUGUCGUGCCACUGAGUCCCUUGCCAUGCGCAACUCCACGAUGAAUGGACCGCGCCGAACGGCUUUGUCGCACACGGCCAUGAGGCUCACUGGCGUGAGAGACAGACAGACAGACAGAAUCGGACCCCAAAGCAUCAUAUCAUCGCAACCAACGACACGACAGGAAGCUCUCAGCAGUACGACUGACUAAAUGAGCACAUCCUCAGCACUGCACACACACGCACACACACUGUCAGCCAGCCUUGCUACACAGACAGCCGUCCGCCUGUCGACCCAGCCCCCCUCGACCGCGGUCGCGACGCCGGCGUGCUCGCCACCCCACUGGCCGCCCGAGCCCGCCCCACCCCCUCGCCCCCCUGCUGCAGCGACAUCGCCUGGAAUGGCCCCUGCAGGUCUCUCAUUCUGCCGUUGUUGGUGUUAUUGGUGAUGUUGGCGUGUGGGUGCGGCACCAUGGAAGAAGGCAGCAGGGCGGCCCGCAGCUCGUCCGCCGAGGAGUGCAUCGGCUGCACUGGGACUCUGGGGGGAGCCACGAAGGGCACAUAGGGGUUGACAUACGACACCCCCGACUUCUGGCGGAUUGGUGGCGGGGAGGCAACAGGGGGUGAGGCGCGUGGCUUGUCGCUGCUGGCAGAGUCGCCACGGAUGAGGGCGUUGGACGUCGGAGGGGGCCGCGCGCCUGAGCGACGGAGUUGCUUCUCGUAGUUGCGGAGCUGCUUCAUGAAGCCCUGGUUGGGGAGGGCCAUGGGGCGGGUCUGACGGACUUGAGCCAAAGCCUUCACAGAAACAUGGACACGAAGCGAGAAUGUGUCGACUGUGCGCUGCGCUGAUUGUGAGUGUUCUGGAGCUUGCCUGGUCGACGUCCAGCCCUGCAGUGCCGACCAAGUACCCAAUAAUGAUCGACACGGAACGAGAACGGCCUGCAAAACUGAUAUGCAAUGAACGAACACCGACACACACGCACAGAAGUCAACGUGGCGCAAGCAGUCACCUCCAUUUUCUCCCCUCCCUCCCUCCCUCCCUCACUCACUCACCAGUGCACGAGCACCCUAUGUGCGGGAUGCCUCAGCGCCCUAUCAAUGAAGCGGACCGCGUCGGGCAGAACCGCCAUCAAAUCAGCUGCAUCGGUGUCAAGCAGCUCCACAGAGUGGUACACGAAGUCGCCAGGGAACGCCACGGGCACCGACGGCGUCGCAGACACGAUGUGCGUGAUGCCCGCCGCGUGAAGUCGGUCCUUCGACAAUGCGGCACCAAUGGAACCGACGAACAAACGAUCAGCAACCUGAGAACAGGACACGGAACAGUGAGAAAUGGGGCUGGUGGUCCUGCCCGGCUCAUCGUGCUGCCCACCUGAUGGACUGCGUUGUCAUACUUCGUCUUGUUCACCACCUGCAGCCAGGGAAGAAGCACACACGCAUUUGUGCAGUGUCCGUUCCUCUCACAUUCUCACGGGCACGGUGGAUGUGCACAUGUCAACUUCCACUUAGCCCAGACCGUCCUCAGCUCGUGCACACUCACCAAGAUUCCCUGGAUUAUCUGCUUGAGGCCCUCAGCUCUUCGCGCGUCGCCAGGAGAAGUGGUGGUGGCAUCGUCACGCGACCGGAUAUUGACGAAGCUGUUGGAACGCAUUCUUGACAGCACAAGCUAUUGAGUUCAACAGGAGCGGUGCGGUCCAGGCCCUCCUCCCCCUCUUUUGACCCCCG